GCCCCGACAACAAACCCAAACAAACCGGAGGAGGGAAUUGCACUGCAGCGGAGCGGAGGGGUGGGGAAGCUGGAAGGAGGGAGGGAGGGAGGUAGCCUGCCUGCCUGCCUGCCUGCCGGGGCUCAUCCUACUCAAACCCGGAGCGGAUCUCGGCACGCGGCGCGGAGGAGAAGGAGCAGCAGCGGGAGCAGGAUUUGUCGCCGGCCAGAAGGGAUGCCCCCGUGGGAGGGCUGCGAAUGACAAGACCCGGAGCGCGAGGGGGGGGAAGAGUCUGAGAGACCCUGGCAGCUUGCCAGGACGAUGAGGUCUGCACCGAGGGGCUCCCGAGGUUGCGGCAACGCCACAAAAGGGGAUCUGCCGGCGGCGGAGCCGUGAUCGCGCUCUCGCUCUCUCUCUCUCUCUCUCUCUCGAUUUUAUUCCCCCUCCUUUUCCCUCCCACUUCCCCCCCCUCCUUUUCCUUCCCUGAUCCGGCUCGUCUGCAUGGGAACAGCCAUCCUUCGCCCCCCUGUCAUCUCGGAGGAAUUGCGUCCCUCAAGGUUUCGGCGCGGCUGUUGCUGGCUGCCGUUGCCUCUCCUGAAGGGCCACCGCACCACCCCUGGGAGCCUCGGCGCCCCUAUCUAGCCACCCACUCACCCACCCACCCCCGCUGCGGCCGCCGCCGCCUCCGGUUCCGGUGGCAGGUGGUUCCUCGGAAGAUGCUCACCUUCACGCUGGCAGCUGGUCUGCAGAGGAGCAGCAGCAGCAGCAGGUAAGGUCUCCCGCCUCCGUCGACGAGCCGGCGGUGCCCCGGCAAAGGGGCAGAUGCCCAGGUUCCUGCCUCGUUCCUCCGCAGCUGCUGCCCUUUGUGCAUGGACAGAGCCGGGGGGGCGUUAGGGCUCCGGCUGGCGGCUGGCAUCCUCAGCCAUCCAAAGGGGGCGGCGGCGGCGGUGGCAGCGAAAGAGGAAGGGACCGUCUGGCAGAUGCUGGCUAGCGGUGUGGGCGCCGCCGUCCCUUUUCCGCGGCACUCAUGAGCAGAGGCGCGACCUUGCAGCGCCGGACCACCUACCUGAUCUCCCUAACCCUUGUCAAGCUCGAAUCGGUCCAGCAGCUGCAACAGCACCAAGGGGGGCCCCAGCCGCAGCAAGAAGAGGAGAAGGCAGGGGGGGCCGGCGAUGGAGCCACCCAGCUUCCUGAUCACCGAGAAGGGGGCCGCCAGGCCGCCUCCAGCCCUUCACCUCCGCCCCAGCCGCCGGCGACAGACCCCUCCUCCGGGCUGAAGGGCCACAGGGAGGCCGAGGAGGCCGCCUCCGCCAAGAUCAAGAGACAAGAGCGGGUCUUCCACCGCCAGGAUGCCCUCUGGAUCAGUACCAGCAGUGCCAGCACGCCAGACUACCUGCUGCCCCUGUCGCCGGGCAGUCCUGGGACGCCCAGCCUGUCCCCGUCUCCAGAUGGUGGUGGGCGAGCUGGCUCCCUGUGGAUGUCGCCCGCGGGCCAAGCCGGUCCUUGGGACUCAAAGGCCGGGCCUGCAGCGGCCCUGAAAGCCAAAACUCCUGGGAGCCCAGACACGCCACCCGCCAUUGCGCCAAAGCCUGAAGGGUUGGGGCCUUCAGGGGCUCCGGCUGUGCCCCCCAAACCGGAGCCGCUGCUGCUGCUGCCUGUCGCCCCGGCGGGGCCCCUCAAGUCCGAGGCCUCCAGAUCUGAGCCUCCAGCCGCACUCUUUGUGGCCCCGCCUCUGCCUCCCAAACCUGAACCGGCAGUGCCCCUCAAGCCUGAGCUGAUGGCCCCCAGUGCAGCCCCAGCACUGGCUCCCAAACCUGAGCCGACAAUCCCCUCUAUUGCACCAACGAUCCCCCCAAAACCCGAGAUGCCCCUGGCCUCCAUCUUCUCGCCAACUGCUCUCAAACCAGAGGUGGCUUCUGCCCUCGCAGCCGCUGGGGGGCCUAAGGCUGAAGUAACGGUCAUGCCAGCAGCUCCAGCGGUCGCCCCCAAGCCCAAAGCGAUUAUGGUUCCCGUCCUUCCUCCUGUGCCACCUCCCAAGCCGGAGGUAGCUCCGAUCCCCCUCAAGGCAGGACUGAAAGAAAUUUUGGAUGUACCUGGAGAGGAGUCACGGAUUCCUACCACUGCCAGCUGCUCCUCCAGUGCGGCGGCUCCGGGACGCCGGAUGUUGGUCAGUCACGCCAGCUGGGGUGGCCCUGAGCCUGGGACCCUGGAAAUGAGCGUAAGCCGAGUGGGGGGCUCCUCUUUUUCCCACUCGGGAGCCUCUUCUCCACACCCGGCAGCGGGCAAUCGCCGCCUCCGUUUGGCCACCAACAAGCCUUUCAAGACGGUGACCACCAGUGGGGCCAAGGUGGGGGCUGAGCCAAAGACCACAAAAGGGGGCCACAAGGGGGGUACCCCUAACCGCCUGUCCUGGCCAGAGAGUGAAGUCAAGGGCCGCAUGAAGGUGUCCGUCAAAGGCAGUGGUGAAACGGUGCCCAGAGGGGGCUCCAGGGCCAAACUGUCCCCUCACAAAAACAAAAGCAAGACUCUGGACAACAGUGAUCUCAACCACGGCCCAGCCAAUCUGGCCUCUUCUGGCUCCUGCUCUUCAGAGGCUGCGGUAGGGCUGAAGAGAGGCCGCGAGGGUGGCCGGGCCUCUACCCGUGACCGUAAAAUGCUCAAAUUCAUCAGCGGCAUCUUCACCAAGAGUCCAGCUUCCACCCCCACCCAUCCUGGGCCUGGAUGGAGCCUUAGCCACAAAGAGCUGCUCAGCGUGGAACUAGCCAAGGGAGAGUUGCCUAAGGCUGUUGCAAACAGCCAGGAAUGGACUCUCGGCCGCUCUAUCCCCGAGCUACGACUGGGCAUCCUUGGGACUAUCAAGAGUGGGAAGUCAGCCCUUCUCCAUCGCUACUUGACUGGUUCCUAUUUGGGUUUGGAACCUACAGAAGGGGGUCAAUUCAAGAAGGAAGUAGUGGUGGAUGGGCAGAGCCACCUCUUGCUGAUUCGAGAGGAAGCAGGGCCUCCGGAUGCCAAGUUUGCCAACUGGGCAGAUGCCGUCAUCUUUGUCUUCAGUCUGGAGAACGAAGCCAGUUUCCAAGAGCUGACUCAGUAUUAUGGGCUCCUCACCAACUACCGUGCAGUUUCAGACAUGGCACUCGCACUGGUGGGCACUCAGGAUAAAAUCAGUGCCAGCAACCCCCGUGUGAUUGAGGAUUCCCGAGCCCGGGCUCUGUGCACAGAAAUGCGCCGCUGUCUUUACUAUGAGACAUGUGCCACUUAUGGACUCAAUGUGGAUCGGGUUUUCAGUGAAGUUGCUCAGAAGAUUGUGAACAUGAAAAAGCAGCAGCAGCUCCUUGCAUCUUGCAAAUCUCUGCCCAGCACGCCCAGUCACUCAGCUGUCUCCACACCGGCAAGCAAUGGUGGGCAUACAAGUGACUACUCCUCAUCUCUGCCUUCCACGCCGAACAUCAGCCACCGGGAGCUGCGCGGUGAAGCUGUAGCCAUCAUCGGCACACCAAGCUCCUUGCAUCGUGGGACCAAGCGGCGGACGAGCCUCUUUGCCAACCGCAGAGGAAGUGACACAGAGAAGCGGAGCUUGGAUAGCAGAGGUGACAACACUGGAAGUGGACGUGCCAUACCCAUCAAACAAAGCUUCUUGCUAAAACGAAGCGGGAACUCCCUGAACAAGGAGUGGAAGAAGAAAUACGUGACUCUGUCCAGUAAUGGACUUCUCUUCUAUCACCCCAGCAUUAAUGAUUAUAUCCAUAGUACUCAUGGGAAAGAAAUGGACUUACUCCGUACCACCGUCAAGGUGCCUGGCAAACGGCCACCAAGAGCCAUCUCAGCCUGUGGCGCCUCCUCAAGCAUCAAUGGUUUGGUUAAAGAUGUGAGCACCGUUGGAGUUGGGGACACCAGCACGAGCCCCAGUCCAGGACUGCUGAACCCUCCAACAGAGCCAGCAUUGAAGCUCUUGGGCAAACCUGAGCGCCUGCAGCGCUCUGUGUCCUCUUCUAAGGCUGAGGUCGCCAUGGCUGCAGAAGGGCUGUCUAGUCCUGGCAGCAGUGGCAAAGACCCACCUCCUUCCCCUAUGAUUGACAGAAAGAAGCACAGGCGGAAGAAGCUCUCAACACCUUCAAAAACGGAAGGGUCAGCAGGCCAGGCAGAAGCCAAGCGUAAAAUGUGGAAAUUAAAAACCUUUGGUAGUUUAAGAAAUAUUUAUAAAACAGAGGAGGAGAAUUUUGAGUUCAUCAUCGUCUCCAGCACAGGGCAGACCUGGCACUUUGAGGCCAGCAGCUUUGAGGAGAGGGACUCCUGGGUCCAGGCCAUCGAGAGCCAGAUCUUGGCUAGCCUACAGUGCUGCGAGAGCAGCAAGAACAAGGCUCGGAUGGACAGCCAGAGUGAAGCUGUGGCCAUCCAGGCCAUCCGUAAUGCCAAAGGCAAUUCCUUGUGUGUGGACUGUGGAGCACUCAACCCCACCUGGGCCAGCCUGAACUUGGGGGCCCUAAUCUGCAUUGAGUGCUCAGGCAUCCACCGGAAUCUAGGCACCCACCUGUCACGCGUGCGCUCCCUUGACUUAGACGACUGGCCCCUGGAGCUCACAUUGGUGCUCACUUCCAUUGGCAACGAGAUGGCCAACAGCGUCUGGGAGAAGUGCACGCAGGGACGUCGGAAACCCACCUGCGAAUCAUCACGAGAAGAGCGGGAGUCUUGGAUCCGAGCCAAAUAUGAGCAGCGGCUGUUCCUGGCACCACUGCCCAACUCUGAACUCUCCUUGGGGUGCCAGCUCUUCCAGGCAGUGCUGGAGCAAGAUUUGGAUGCUGUGCUGCUGUUGCUGGCCCACAGUUCCAAGGAACAGAUCAAUGCCCCUACCGGUGACAAGGACCGGCGCACAGCCCUGCACGUGGCCUGUGACCUGUCACAUGUGGUCAUCACCCAGCUUCUGGUGUGGUAUGGUGCUGAUGUGAAAGCCCGGGAUGCCGUGGGCCACACCGCCCUCUUCUACGCCCGCCGAUCUGGGAGCCAGGAAUGCAUUGACAUCCUUUUGCAACACGGUUGCCCAAACGAAGGCUACAGCACCAUUGCCACCCCUGGCCUGCGCCGGAAGAGCAGUAGUGCCAGCGUGGGGAGGACUGAGGCCCGAACUGCCCUGGUGUAGCAUGCCAGGGGGAUCCUCUUCCCCAUCCACGUGGUGCCAGGAGGGGUAUCCAGUGACUGAGACCUACCCUCCUUAGGGAGACCUCACUCCCCUCUGGCAUCUGGACCCGGACACCGAGCAGUUUGGAUCAGGACCGCCUGCCUUGUGCAGGGCGUGGCCGUUGCCAUCCCGAGUCCUCCUUUGAUUGGCUCUGCUGAGCGCAGGCACCGGCCAGGGGGACGCCCAGCUCACCCUCUCUCGCUCCCAGGCCUGGAGCGGCUCCGCCAGUUGCCAGGACAACGGCCAUCUCUCCCGGCCGGCUGGGAAAGAGAGGCCUGCAGGGCACCCAGCAUCCAAGCACUUAGGAGGGAAGAAGCAGGGCCCAGGACAGUUGUGUCACCUUCGUCACUGGGGUGGGGUGGGGAGAGAACUUUAGGGAACAAGGGGGAGGGCAAGCAGUUUUGUGGGUUUUUUUUUUCCUUUCCCUUUCUUUCUGUGUUUGUAACUAGCUUUGAAGGUGGAAUGUAAAUCAGUGUUAUUGAAGUGGUCAGUGACUUGAGCCUCAGUGAAGCAACUUGAAGCGGGCCUAAAAACAAGGAUGGGUGUGCAGAGCGUUGAAGGAGCUAGGAGCGUGCUUCCGACCGUGGUGCCACAGGGGGGGUGGCGGUGGGUGAACAGAAAGCUGAGAAGGGAGCGCUCAGGCCACUUCAUUGGCUUCUUCUGGGAACACCAACCAGCCCCUUGCCUCAGUUAUCUGUGGGUUCAGGGUGCUCAGCUUACUGAGAGCAUCUGGGCUGUGGGGACACUAGAAGGGACUCCAGCCAUCUCCGUGGAGCCAGGGACACACAACAUGGGGCCGGGGGAAGCAAAGCGACAAUGGAAGAAUGGAAGACACCGCUCGCUCGGUUGGGGAGAAUCCACCAUUCAAGCUCUCGUUCCUUAACUCCUGUCACCCGCUGGGUUUUCUUCUCAGUCAUAUGCUGAAGACGAGACAUCCUGGCUCCUGGAGCCAUAGAGGGAGAGCCAGGAGUAUCCCUGUAGGGAAAACAGCCUCUGUUUUUCUAAGGAAGUAAAGCAGCAGCCUCUCUCUUUUUAAGCCUAGAGCAUUUUGUUGUUGUUUUUUCCAACGAGAAGGAUAUUUUUAUUAAGAGGCCAGUGCUCCUAACGCUUGUUUUUCUGAGGCAUUUUUCUUCAACAUUUUGAGAGGCCGUAGCACAGGCCAUUGGCAACAAGGUGCAUUCUCGGCCAAAACAGUCAGCCAGUGUUGUUCUGCUGUGUUUGAUCCAAACUGAUUGCCUUGCCUUUUUCCUCAGGCAGACUCAGGAUCACCCCAUCGUAACCUGGCGAAAACAUGCACACACCUUAUUCAAACUGCACUGAAACACAUUCCUUCUGCCAACGUUCCCCAGGCUCCUGGGCCUGACCCUUGCACUGAAAUAAAUACAUAUGUAUAUAUCUUAUUAUGCGCCAUGGAAGGCCCAAGGGUACCUCCACCUUGUUCUUAAGAGCUCUUUCACCCUUGCAGGUUAUUCCAAAAGGGCAGCUAAUGAUGAAGCAGCUGGUGGCCAAACACAAACACGGGUGACGAAAGGGCUGGGUGUUUUAAGAGGGAUUGAUUCUACAAGACACCCGUCUCGUAUGGAUGCUGAGAACCCAGCCAAAACUAUGUGGGAGUAUCUUUAUAAGCAACAAAGGCCCUAGCGUUUAAAACAUAUCCUUUUAAAAAGAAAGGAUAAUUUGUAAAAAGCCCCAUUCUCUCAUCCACUCCUAUGGAUUUCAUUCCCUUUCCAACUAAUCUUACUGUUUUUAAUUUAUUGUUUUAUUUUGAGAGCCAGAAAAAAAAAAGGAUGAAAUCUUUCUCUUUUUCCCUCUUUUCUGGUUUGGCAGCUCUCCUGAUGCAGAUGUCUACAGCCCUUCUGUCUCUUGCUUUGGCAGAGGCCUCUGUGUGGUUAUGAUGACUGGUGUGGUCUCAGGCUUUAUUUCAAAUCUGUGAUCAGGGUAAUGCUGUGAAUCCCCUCUUCACCCCUUUUGCGGGCAGAUCUGGGUGGGUCAGGAGUCAGUAUCAACCAUGGCAGUAACUGGCUCUGCUCUGCACCUUCUUGAAUCAGGCAAUGGGGCAGACACCCAUCUCAGCGACAUUACCCUUUCCUACCCCUCUGAAUGUAUUGGCGACUGUGUUGCACGAGACCUGUACCCCACAGCCACUCAGUGGAGGCAAAGGGGCCCGAUGUCAAGGAGAGCUAGACUUGAUGCCACAAGAAGUAGAGAGGGGAGGCUCCCCUGCAUCUUGGCCUCAGCAAGACUGCCUGCUCUGAUGGCCAGAGCCCAUGAGCCCAAAAAAGAACAAAGGAGGGGCCAGCAGCAUUGGCUCUUGAAGACUGAAUGUAAUUUAUGCUGUUUAGGCUGGCAAUUCAGCACAAUGGUCUGGCAGAAUCUGUGGCGGAAGCCCUGGACUUUGGCUUUCUCUGGGGGAAGGUGUGGUGGGGAGGGGGGAAGGCGGAGAUGCCAGAGCUGAUACCAUUGGCCCUGUGCAGCUGAUGUAAUCUCUUGGAUUGUAACUUGUAAGUAUGUGACAAUGUAAGAAGAUAUAACAACAAUGACUGGU